GCACAUGCAGGGGAUGGGGCACACCUACGCCCGUAUGAAGCCGAGGGAGUGGAAAUGGAAUGACGUCGCCAGACGAUUGAAGAACGUUGGUGUCGACAGGAAGGCGGAGAAAUGCAGCAAGAAAUGGGACACCCUCAUGCAACAAUUCAAGAAAGUUCAUCGUUUCCAGCAGCCGUCCGGGGGAAUGGACUUCUUCCAGUUGAGCUCGAAGGAGAGGGCGAGCAACGACUUCAAUUUCAACAUGGAUCGAGCCGUUUACGACGAAAUUGAAGGGUCCACCGGUUUCAACGAAACCAUCAACCCGAAGAACGUUCCAGACACUGGUGCCCGCGGCGGUGUGCGCUUGCCGUCGCCGUGGAAUGGUGAUCCUGAGGCAGUUGGCGAUGCCGACGGGGGUGCGCGGGGGGAAGAAGAGGAGGAGGGAUCGACUCGUGAUUCUUCCCAGACGUCGCCCUCCCCUGGUGGGUUCGGAAAGCGGAAGAGCGUGCGGCAGCAGACGUUCGAGGCAAUGACCGACUGCUUGGACAAGCACGGUGCGUUGAUGGCGGCCACGAUGGAGAGUGCCAGCAAGCGGCAAUGCAACAUUCAGCUGCGACAAUGAUAUGGUAUGACUUCUCGCGGAGUUGCACGUGGGAGAGCUGUUGGCAAACAAGUAGCGGAAGGCGAGCUCGCACCGAAGAAAGGUCGCCACGAUCCCCUGAAGAGAAGAAGGGUCGUCCAAGGUGGGAAGGCCGCAAUCCGGCGAGAGGUGGAGUCUGCUUGGGUGGAUGCAGAGGACAGACAGGAGGAGGACGACGACUUCGAAGAAGAAGAGGAGCAAACUCUCGAGAGAAGAGUGAAGCAGAGGGGGGGGUUCGCCGCGGAGGCGGGGCAUGAUCAGCAGCGGACGCCGUCGAUUAGGCGGACCGAACAGCCUGUUGGCGUCACAAGCAAUUCCCAGGCCGUGAUCGACUCAUCGACGAAACGUUCCCCCGCGCCGCAGGCGCGCGGGGAGGCAACUAAGGUUGCGUCGUCCGUGGCAGACGCUGCGAAGGCAGGCGAUGGCGGGACAGUAGGCGAAGACGAGGAAGCGGUAGCGAACAGGCUUCGCGGGCAACGUGCCGAGGCGAAAACGAGGAAGCGGUAGCGAACAGGCUUCGCGGGCAACGUGCCGAGGCGAAAGCGAUGGAUUUGGCCGCGAGGCUAUGGACGGACGACAUUCGGUUCUGGAAUCAAACGCGGGGACACAG